AUGUCGAAAGACGAAAUUCGUAAAGAUAAAGAAAAAGAUGCAUCUAAUGAUCGUGAACGUUUAUUUGAUUCAUCGAAGAAUACUGAUAAAGAGAAUGUUAAUAAGAAUGAUGAAAAAAAAAAUAUUGAUGAAAUAGAUGAAGAAAAAAUAAAAGAUGAAGAAUUAUCAGAAAAUGAUGAAUCCGAUUCAUCAGAAAAGGUUGAAGAAGAAAUAAAAGAAGAAAAAUUGGAAAAUCAAAAUAAACAAAAUGAUGAUUUAAAUGGAUCAACUAUUGAAAUUGUUCAACCAAUUAAUCUAAAAUCAAAAAAUCUUGGCUUUACUCGAACAUUAUUAUUAGCUAUGUUUGCUGCUAUGAUUGGUACAGGUGCUCAAUUUGGUUAUGCACUUGGUGUUAUGAAUGCUCCAUCAGAAUUAAUUAAGAAUUAUAUAAAUGAAGUUUCUGUAAAGCGUUACAAUUCAACAAUAAGUGCAUAUAAUCAAGAUAUUUUAUACGCAACAGCUAUAUCAGUUGUUGCACUUGGAGGAGUUUUGGGUGGUCUUGCAGCUUUGCCAUUAACUGAUCGAUUUGGUCGAAAAACUGGUUUACUUCUAAAUAAUAUUCCAGCUAUAAUUGGUUCGGUUUUAAUGGUGAUUAGUAAAUAUAUAGCUUCAUUUGAAGCAUUUAUAGUAGGACGGAUUUUAAUUGGAUUUUCUGCAGGUUUCGGAACAACAGUGGGACCUAUUUAUAUAAAUGAAAUUGCUCCAUUACGUGUACGUGGUUCAUUCGGUGCCUGUUUUCAAUUAUUUGUAGCUUUUGCUGUAUUGUUAGCUCAAGUACUUGGAUUAGAUAUUAUCUUAGGCCGUCCACAUCUAUGGAAUUAUCUUUUUGCUGUACCCAUUAUCUUCAGUAUACUUCAAUGUACUUUAUUAAUAUUUACACAUGAAACACCAAAAUUUCUUUUAAAAAAAAAACGUCGACGAGCAGCUGCACGAGCUCUAAAAUGGUUUCGUCGAGAAAAAAAUCUUGAUGAUGUUCAAGCGGAAAUUCAUGAAAUGGAAGCAGAUUUUCAUAAUAUUGAAACAAAUUCAAUAAAAAUUUCAAUUCGUGAUUUAUGGUCAAAACCUCUUCUUCGUAAAUGUCUUCUUAUAUUAGCCAUGACACAUGUUGCUCAACAUUUUACUGGAAGUUUUGUUAUCUUUUUCUUUGGAGAUAUUAUUCUUUCUCGUGCACAAUUAAAAAUAGAAUAUGCAUCAUAUGCUAUGCUUUCAUGUGGUAUUACAUAUGUAGCUGUAGCUAUAUCAUUAGUUUUUAUUCUUGAUAAAGUUGGACGUCGAUCACUUUAUCUUUAUGGUUUAAUUGGUAUGGCAGGAGCAUCAUGUGUUAUUGGUAUAACAAUUCUUAAAUCGAGAGAUAUUCCUUUGUAUCAUAUGAUUUUUUUGGAAAUAUUUGCUAUGAUGACACAUGUCAGUUUUUGUGCUAUGGGUCCAGUUGCUAUACCAUGGAUGUUAUCAGCAGAAAUGUUUUUUCAAUCCGAACGUGCCUAUGCGUCAGCUAUUGCUAUUAUAGUUAAUUGGUUAUCAAUGUUUUGCAUAAUCAUGACAUUUGUUCCACUUUUUCAUGCGGUGGGUGCAUUUUUAUUUCUCGUUUAUGGUAUAAUGAGUUGUGCUUUUUGGUUACUUGCUUUUAUAUCCGUACCUGAAACACGACGAAAAACACCUGAACGUGUGCAACUUCUUGUUGCCAAAGGAACUGUUUACAAAGCAAAACAUCAAAAAUAA